AGCCUUGCCACUUGGGAGACAUAGAAUCGCGCAUUGCGCUGGAUAUUUUCUGCAUCCGUCAAACUAGAGGGCUUAGGGCUGGAAAAGAAGUGAAACAGUUACAGUGGUGUUUACAAGGGUGAUUUAUAUAACUCCUCCUCGUAGUUAUUCAAUUCAGAUUCAUCAUGGCUCACGAGCAGCAACAGUUUUUCCUGAAAUGGAACGAUUUCCAGUCAAACAUGGUUUCAUCUUUCAAACACUUGCGAGAUGAGAAGAGUUUUACAGAUGUCACUUUGGCAUGUGAAGGACAGACAUGUAAAGCACAUAAGAUGGUUCUCUCGGCAUGCAGUCCAUACUUUAAAACACUUCUUGAGGAAAAUCCAUCAAAACAUCCCAUUAUCAUUUUGAAAGAUGUUCCUUUCAGCCAUCUUCAGUCCAUCCUGGAGUUCAUGUAUGCUGGUGAAGUUAAUGUCUCCCAAGAACAGCUCCCAGCGUUUCUGAAGACUGCUGAACGGCUCAAGGUGAAGGGCUUGGCAGAGGCCCCGCAAGCCAUAAAGCGGGAGUGAUGGAGUGACAAAGACAGACUGAGAGGCCUGCAGGUGGUCAAAGGAACCUGUGAAUGGAAUGAGUUGGAGAUGUUGGCUAUCUGGAUUUGUGUCCCGUGCUGAGAGUUGCUGCUUGAUGAUAAACUGUUCGCCUUUCAGAUCGGGCUGUUAGGCUGCCGAUUGUUCCAUUUUAUCAUUGCCAUUUGACUAUGUAAAAGCACUUGUUGAUUUAUUUUUAUUUUUUAAAUGUAUGUUCAAAUUAUUUGUUAGUUAUGCCACUCAACCUUUGUGUAAACAAUGGAUCAUCAAGAAAACUGUGUGGUUCGGUCUGCUUGUUUCUUAUUCAAGAUACAUCACUUUUGUUACUGAUCAAUCCAUCUCAAGUAUCUGACUUCCAGAUCAGUUAUGAUGCUUAUCACAGCUUGAAGGGGGCUGAUUAGAUUGAUUUUAUAUUUGCCAAAGAAUGCUUUAUCGGGUUAUUUUCCUUUUCUUUCAAUUGUUAUUUUAGUCAGAAAUAGUUGCUACUGGAAAAACUGACUUGUGUAGUUUCCUCAAAUAAACCUAGUUUCUCCUUAAUUUUGGUCUUGUCGUAUAUCUUUGUGUUUUUCGUCAGUAGAAACUCUUCCUCAUGUUUUCACAGUGGUGGGCUUAAGUUUUCAGCACGGGUCGCAAUUAUUGAAAGAUUAUAAGUACAUGUGUGAAUGUAGUUGUACAUAAAUUUGUGCAUAAGAAUGUGAUUCUGAGUGAGUGUGCUCUUAAUGUACAUGUGUUGCACAAUUUUGUGUGUCUGGACAUUAGUUAAGCAAGUAUAGUUAUUCCAGAUGUUCUUUUGUACUUCAAUCUUGUAGUUAAAAAAAGAAACAAAAAACAAAUUGUGUGAAUCGGUUCUGAACAUAAUUUCUGUUACAAUUCAUGUGGGAUGAAUAGUCUCCAAAUGUUAUUAUUAUUAUAGUUGAAUAUUGAAGUCAGUUAUUACUACUAUGCUGGGAGGAAGAAUGCACUCAAUGUGUAGUGUGCUUGGUAGUACAUUUUCUUUUAAUAUUUCUUUGUACACUUCCUACUGAUGCUUUACUUGUUUAUCUAUACAAUGUGUGCAGCCAAGCACAGAUUUUUUUUUUCUUUUUAUAUCUUGGAAGCAUGUGUGUUGCUUCAAGGACAUUGCAGCCGGCCGGCCGGCAAGGCGGUUCUACUUUAAAGCUAACUUCUAUUCUUCAAAAGUUCUGUUGGGUUGUCCCCACCAGAUGUUUCAAUUUAUGGCAUUUUCUCUGUGUACUAUCACAUUAGCCUGAUAUCCCUUGUUGUACAAAGAUUUUCAAAGUUUUUCUUUUCUUUUUUAUAUUGCAUUCUUUGUUUUGUUUGGUUUUGUAAUGACGAGCCAAUGAAGGACUCUGUUAAACAAGUAAAUAAAAUAACAAUUUUGUGCAAACAAAUUAAAGUCCUAUCUCAUUACCAUUUUACUAAAUGUGUUUUCCCAUUCCUGAAGUGAAACUGUUUGCCCCCAUGUCAUGUAAAAGUUUUCUUUGGGACCUCUGUUAGAGCUGUGUUUUGUACCUGUGUGUUUUUGUUUUUCUCAACUUAAUGCCCGUGUGCCUCUUAUGAACAUGUACAGCAAAGUGAUGAAGCUGGAAGCAUUAGAUAUGACACCUUUUCAGUUGUUGCUUUGGGUUACUUUUAAUGGAUAGGUUAGCCUGUUUCAGAUUUCUUUGGGCAGACUUUAUUUCUGGUGUACUGAAGAGGUGACCUCUUUGCAAUAGGUUCUAUACAAGCAGUUAUUGCUUGUAGAGACUGAUUUUGACAGAAUUUUGUGGUUGACUUUGCUACUUUUUAUUAUCUCUUCUUGUAUCAACUAAACCCUGUCAAGAACAAUACUUUCAGUAUGCAUUUAUUUAUAUUGAUCUGCUGAAGAUUAGUUGUCACUAAGAUUGAAUAAAAGUUAUUUUUAUCUGCA